AUGUCUAGACGCGCAGUGUCUCCAGCAGCCUCUGAGCCCGAGGUGGAUAUUUUUGGGUCCAUCUACCCAGGAGACGAUACCAACGGCAAACAGAAUGGACCUGCCGAUGCCGAGUUCGACUUUGACGGUCUCAUGAAUGGACAUGACCAAGACGACGAGGAUGAUGACGAAGCAUUUAUCGCGCUGAGGCAGGCUGCAUCUUUUAGAAAAUCUUCAAAUCUCAAGGGCCGCACAGUCAAAAAGGGUGGUGGCUUUCAAGCCAUGGGCAUUAACGCCAAUCUUCUCAAAGCGAUUGCUCGAAAAGGUUUCUCGGUCCCGACGCCCAUCCAACGAAAAACGAUACCCUUGGUCCUCGACAGAAAAGAUGUGGUUGGCAUGGCUAGAACCGGCUCCGGAAAGACGGCCGCCUUCGUCAUUCCCAUGAUUGAGCGCCUGCGCGCUCACAGCGCACAAUUCGGAUCGCGAGCCCUCAUAAUGUCGCCAUCGCGUGAAUUAGCCAUUCAAACACUCAAGGUUGUUAAGGAACUCUCGAGAGGCACAGACCUGAAAGCCGUUCUGCUCGUUGGUGGUGACAGCCUGGAGGAGCAGUUUGGUUUCAUGGCGGCUAAUCCAGACAUCGUCAUUGCCACUCCUGGUCGAUUCUUGCAUUUAAAGGUCGAAAUGAGCUUGAAUCUAUCUUCCAUCAAAUAUGUCGUCUUUGACGAAGCCGAUCGUCUGUUCGAAAUGGGGUUCGCUGCCCAGCUCACCGAAAUUCUUCAUGCCCUACCGCUCUCGAGACAAACACUGCUCUUUUCUGCCACGCUUCCCACGUCCCUUGUCGAGUUUGCUCGAGCUGGUCUUCAAGACCCGAGCCUUGUGCGUCUCGACGCCGACACCAAAGUCUCCCCCGACCUGGAAAGCGCAUACUUUAGCAUUAAAGGAGGCGAAAAGGAGGGCUCACUACUACACAUCCUCCAUGAUGUCAUCAAAGUACCAGUUGGGAAGCCGGAGGACGCUGAUGACUCCGAGAAAGAUUCAAAGAAGCGCAAGAGAGGACCUGAUGGUCCCGCGCGACCCACCAAACAUUCUACAAUUGUGUUUACAGCCACAAAACAUCACGUCGAAUAUAUCGCCAAUCUGUUGCAGUGGGCCGGUUUCGCCGUUUCGCAUGCCUAUGGUUCUCUCGAUCAAACAGCACGACGUAUUCAGGUUGAAGACUUUCGCCACGGCAAGACCAAUAUCCUGGUAGUCACCGACGUUGCUGCCAGAGGUAUCGAUAUUCCCGUUCUAGCCAACGUCAUUAACUACGACUUUCCCUCGCAACCUAAAAUCUUUGUUCAUCGUGUCGGCCGCACUGCCCGUGCAGGUCAGCGUGGUUGGAGUUACAGUUUGGUUCGCGAUACCGAUGCCCCUUACCUGGUUGACCUGCAGCUAUUCCUCGGAAAGCAGCUCGUUAUUGGGCAGCAGAAAGAGAAGCCAUCAUAUGCUGAUGAUGUGGUUGUCGGCUCAUUGAUAAGAAACACGCUAGAAGAGCACGUGGAAUGGUUUAACCGAGUAAUACACGAUAACGACGAUAUCAGUGCCCUUCAAAAGGUCUCCAUCAAGGCAGAGAAGCUGUAUCUGAAGACAAGAAACUCUGCUUCUAGCCAAAGUGCCAAGAGAGCUCGUGAGGUUGUGGCGUCGGGUGCUUGGGUUCAACUGCAUCCUCUCUUCGGAAACGACGUUGACCGUGGUGAAAAAGCGCGCGCGGAAAUGAUGGCAAAAAUCAGCGGCUUCCGACCCAACGAAACGAUUUUUGAGAUUAGCCGGAGCGAUAAAUCCUCCAAUGAAGCGGCUGAUGUAAUGAAGCAAAUCCGCAAAAAGAUCACCCCUCGCAGGAGGCCAGAAGCAGUAGUACAGGAAGAAAUUGAGGACGAUGGAAUGGGCGCCCUCACAAUGGACGAUUCUGACGAGGCCGUUGUUGACGAUGGUGGCCUUGAUGCCGUGGACGACGACUCAGACGAUGGUCUAGAGGUUACCGUUUCCAAUGCUGGCAAGUCUAAGAAGGACAGGGAUGACUGGCGCGAUGCGGACGUCUUCAUGACCUACACCCCGCGCACGACAAACGUCGCCGAGGAGCGCGGUUACGGCGUGCACUCUGGUGGUGCCGGGUCCAGCUUCAUCGAGGCGGCACGCGAUGUGACCAUGGACCUGGGCAACGACGAGUCGGCCAAGUCGUUUGGUGAGGCCAACAAGCAGCGCCUGCGGUGGGACAAGAAGUCGAAAAAGUACGUAGCGCGACAAAACGACGAGGACGGCUCCAAGGGCGCCAAGAUGGUGACGGGCGAGAGCGGCGUCAAGAUUGCGGCGUCGUUCCAGAGCGGCCGCUACGACAGGUGGCGCAAGGCGCACCGCAUGGGCCGCACGCAGCGCGUCGGCGAGGACGAGAAGGCCGGCGCCGCGGCCCUGCUGUCUCAGGGCGGCGCGCGGUACAAGCACAAGCAGGAAAAGGCGCCCAAGGCCGCCGACAAGUACCGCGACGACUUCCAGGUCCGCAAGAAGCGCGUCGACGAGGCCCGCGAGAAGCGCGUCGGCCGCUUCCGCGACGGCGCGGGCAGCAAGAAGGAGAUCAAGGGCGUUCACGACAUUCGCAAGGCCAGGGAGGAGAAGCAGAAGCGCAAGGAGAAGAAUGCCCGGCCGAUGCGGAAGCGAUCGUAA